CGGACCGGAAGCGAGCGAGCGAGCAAAGCCACCACGGAAAGAUCUCCCCACCACUCCGGACGGCGAGAUCGAGAGAUGGCUGCGGCGAGAGCGGCGGUCUCCGCCGUCUUCCUCCUGCUCCUCAUCCUCGUCCUCGGCGUGGCCGACCUCGCGGCGGGGACGCGGUCUCCGUCGGCCUUCGUGCAGAACGCCAUCUACUCCAACCGCAUCACCAUCUUCUCCAAAACCUACUGCCCGUAUUCAAUGCGCGCUAAGCGUUUAUUUAGAGAUCUCAAGGAGAGUCCUUAUAUUGUUGAACUCGAUCUCCGAGAGGAUGGUAGAGAAAUUCAAAGUGUCCUUCUAGACCUAGUUGGCCGUCAUACUGUGCCACAGGUGUUUGUGAAUGGCCAGCACGUCGGUGGCUCAGAUGAUACAGCAAAUGCUCUUUCUAAUGGACAGCUUCAGAAACUUCUUGGAAAUAGUCAAUCACAGAGGUGAUCUGUAGUGAAGAUUGCUACUAUCAAAAAGUCGUGAAUGGCUAGCAUGCGGUAUUCCUUAUGAGAUAAUGAGAAGGGGGCCGUCGUUUAUCUCUACACAGGUAUCUGAACAGAAUGUUGCAGCUCAAGCCAGCAGUUUUUUUUGCGUGGAAGUGUUGUGACAACAGUUUCUAUGCUUGCGAUUUGUAUGAUUUGCCAAGGUCAUAUUCUAUUUACUGCUGUGCCCGCUCUGUACUGUUUGUGAUUUGUUUUUUGAAAGGAGUACUGUUCGCGACA